AUGGCUGUCCUCUCCAACCCCACACCUCGAUUCAAACCCCACUCCUCUCCAACACCACCACUCCUCUCCAACAACCCCACUUCUCAACACCACCACUCCUCUCCAACACCAUCACUCCUCAACACCACCACUCCUCUCCAACACCACCACUCCUCAACACCACCACUCCUCUCCAACACCACCACUCCUCUCCAACACCACCACUCCUCAACACCACCACUCCUCUCCAACACCAUCACUCCUCAACACCACCACUCCUCUCCAACACCACCACUCCUCAACACCACCACUCCUCUCCAACACCACCACUCCUCUCCAACAACCCCACUCCUCAACACCACCACUCCUCUCCAACACCAUCACUCCUCAACACCACCACUCCUCUCCAACACCACCACUCCUCAACACCACCACUCCUCUCCAACACCACCGCUCCUCAACACCACCACUCCUCUCCAACACCACCACUCCUCUCCAACAACCCCACUCCUCAACACCACCACUCGUCUCCAACACCACCACUCCUCAACACCACCACUCCUCAACACCACCACUCCUCUCCAACACCACCACUCCUCUCCAACACCACCACUCCUCUCCAACACCACCGCUCCUCAACACCACCACUCCUCUCCAACACCACCACUCCUCUCCAACACCACCACUCCUCAACACCACCACUCCUCUCCAACACCACCACUCCUCUCCAACACCACCGCUCCUCAACACCACCACUCCUCUCCAACACCACCACUCCUCUCCAACACCACCGCUCCUCAACACCACCACUCCUCUCCAACACCACCACUCCUCUCCAACACCACCACUCCUCAACACCACCACUCCUCUCCAACACCAUCACUCCUCAACACCACCACUCCUCUCCAACACCACCGCUCCUCUCCAACACCAACAACACCACUCCUCUCCAACAACCCCACUCCUCUCCGACACCACCACUCCUCUCCAACAACCCCACUCCUCAACACCACCACUCCUCUCCAACACCACCACUCCUCAACACCACCACUCCUCUCCAACACCAUCACUCCUCAACACCACCACUCCUCUCCAACAACCCCACUCCUCUCCAACACCACCACUCCUCAACACCACCACUCCUCUCCAACACCACCACUCCUCAACACCACCACUCCUCUCCAACACCACCACUCCUCUCCAACCCCGCUCCUUUCCAACACCACCGCUCCUCUCCAACAACCCCGCUCCACUCCAACACCACCGCUCCUCUCCAACACCACCAAUCCUCUCCAACACCACCGCUCCUCUCCAACAACCCCACUCCUCAACACCACCACUCCUCUCCAACACCACCACUCCUCAACACCACCACCACUCCUCAACAACAACAACACUCCUCAAUACCCCACUUCUCUCUCAGACAUCCAUCUCGGGUCUGCGCUUUCUUACACCCUGAUAGAUGCGGGAAAAGCCCUGGUUUCAGCUCUCUAG